GGCGGCAACUACGCAGCAGGAAGUUCCUGGGGAAGGGGGGUCGGAUCGGAUCCGGAGAGCCUGAAGGCUACAUGUGGAUUUCCAGUUUCCACCUUGGCUUGUGCACCUACUAAUUUGUGAGAUUGUGAAAACAGAUGCUACCAAGGGCUCCUGCUCAGCCAUCACUCUGUGGAUGAUGGGGGACCACCUCAGACCCAUGGAAUGUCUCAAUAUUUGCUUGGAAGACAACUUACAACCCUGUCCAGAAGCAUAUCCAAGUGAAAUGCAUGGCCGUCCAGGCUCUUCUGAACCUUGCCGGGAACAUACUUGUCCGUCUGACCCCCCAGGACCUGCCAGACCUGAUGCUCCUCAUGGUAACUCUGACGUGGAAUUCACUCACCUAGAAAACUGCUUGGUACAGGCGGAGGCCAGGCAGGCCCCAGCAUCACUGAGGUCACUGGAGGACAACAGCUCUUUGGGGAGUCCACAGCAAAACCAGAGCUCAUCCACCCAGGUGGUAUUCUGGGCUGGCAUCCUGCAGGCCCAGAUGUGUGUCCUGGACCUGGAGGAGGAGCUGGAGAAAACAGAGGGACUCAGAGCAGAACUCAGGUGCUGCAUCCCACCACCCUCUAAGGACCUCCUUGGAGAUGAAGGUCUGAGCCCCAGACGACCCGAGGAGGAUGAAGACUCGGGGGAUGACAGCAGUGAGCCUGAGGAGGAGAACCAGACCUGGCCAAGGGAGAAAAUUCCAGGCUCCUCCGUAGAGUGGGGUGCUGAAGAGGACAGUAUCUUCUUUGAUAAUCCCCUAUUCCUGGAGAGCCCUUGCUCAGACGCCAGCACUGAAGGAGAAUGCUUUUCCUGGGGGUACCCGAAUUCCCACCCAGACAUGAAGCCCUGGCAUCAGAGCUCUCGAACUCUGGAUCUUCCUCUCCAAAAAGGCCCAGGGCUCUGGAGGCAAGAAUGUGAGCUGGAUUUGGGGAGCGACACUGCUGACCAUGGUGGGUAUUCCACCCCUCCAUCCCCUGUGCCUUCCUAUAAGAUGCACCCCUGCUUGGCCUUAGGAUCCACUGAAGGGGAUCCCACAGUCCCUCCUGAUCAGGAGGGUGAGCCUUCUUGUGAAGAUGAUCUUGGCCAUGGCUCACCUAAAGCACCCUUUGUCGAUCAUGAAUUGAUCCAAGAAUCAGAUAACUUUGGAUUUGACCUUAGACCUGUCACAACACAUCCUGUACAGCCUUGGGGCUCACAGACAUCCCAAAGCCACUCUGACCUGGCUCAACCCAUGCUUGAGGAACUGCAGAUAGAAGAUCCUUUCAGGUCCCAGGAAACUCUUAUCUCCCAGAACAGAGGUGAGAGGGAUGCUGGCUGUUUCCAGGAGCCCAUGUUCUCCACCUUGGCCCCCUGGGGGAGCCAAGCCUCUUUACUGGAGCCUAACUGCCCAGAAUCUGAGGGUAGAGGCUCUGGACCCCGCCCCAGCCCAGUAUCUUCCCAGGAUAGCAGCCCACAGGUUCAGCUCCAUAGCCCCAAGUGGCCACAAGAUGCCUCACACCUUCUCCAGAAGGAUAAAUCAGAGUUGAGCUCCCUAAAGGAAGAGGAGACAGAGGAGGUCCCAAGCCUGAGGCAGGAGGCAGAAUGUGAAGAUACAUCUAGAAGUGAAGACGCUUCAGCCAACCAGCACCAUGUUCACUUGGCUUCUGCAGAAGGGCUUCCUGAGAGCCCCAUGCCCCAAGCUCAAUCUCCAGAGGAAGGCUGGAGGCCAUCAUCAUCUAGAGAGAAGUUGGCUAAUAACAUCAGAAAUGACAAGGGGGCAUGGAGCCUAGCCCUGCGCCUCUAUCAACUGAAUGGUUUUCGGAAAUCUGAAGUAGCUGCCCACCUACGCAAGAACAAUGACUUCAGCAGGGCUGUAGCCGAGGCCUACUUGUCUUUCUUCCAGUUCGAAGGCCAGAGCCUGGACCGAGCCCUCCGUGGUUUCCUCCAGGCCCUGGUGCUCAGUGGAGAGACUCAGGAGCGGGAACGAAUUCUCUACCAGUUUUCCAAACGUUUCCAUGACUGCAAUCCUGGAGCCUUCCCCUCAGUAGAUUCUGUACACACCUUGACCUGUGCAAUCAUGCUCCUUAACACAGACCUACAUGGACAGAACAUUGGAAAGAGCAUGAGCUGUCAGGAAUUUGUAACCAACCUGAAUGGCCUGCAGGAUGGUGGGAACUUCCCCAAAGAGCUGCUGAAGGCCCUCUACUGGUCUAUCCGCAGUGAGAAGCUCGAAUGGGCUGUAGAUGAAGAAGAUGCAGACAGACCUGAGAAGGACCAACCCUCUCCCUCAGCUGGCAAGAUAAGCAGCCCCUUCCUGCAGAUGGCUCAGGACCCCACGAUGCCCACCUAUAAGCAGGGCAUCCUGGCUCGGAAGAUGCAUCACACUGCUGAUGGCAAGAAGACGCCAUGGGGCAAACGAGGCUGGAAGAUGUUUCACACCUUACUGAGAGGGAUGGUCCUCUACUUCCUGAAGGGAGAGGGCCAAUGGCUGGAUGGAGAGAGUUUGGUAGGACAUAUGGUGGAUGAGCCUGUGGGAGUGCACCACUCACUAGCCAGCCCAGCCACCCACUACACCAAGAAGCCACAUGUCUUCCAGCUUCGGACUGCAGACUGGCGUCUCUACCUCUUCCAGGCACCUACUGCCAAAGAAAUGGCUUCCUGGAUUGCACGAAUCAACCUGGCGGCUGCUACCCACUCAGCACCUCCCUUUCCAGCUGCAGUGGGCUCCCAGCGCAGAUUCGUGAGGCCCAUCCUGCCCAUGAGCCCGGUGCAGAGCUCCCUGGAGGAGCAGCAUCGAUCCCACGAGAACUGCCUGGAUGCUGCCUCAGACGACCUGCUGGAUUUGCAGAGGAACCUGCCGGAGCGACGGGGCCGCAGCCGCGAGCUGGAAGAAUACCGCUUACGGAAGGAAUAUCUAGAGCACGAGAAAACUCGAUAUGAGACCUAUGUGCAGCUCCUGGUGACCCGUCUCCACUUCCCUUUGGGGGACCUGGCUCUGUGGGAAGAUCAGCUUGGGAAGGAAGCUGAUGGUUCUCAGGAGCCCAGGCCAAGCCUGAAGAAGUCCCACUCAAGCCCAUCGCUGCACCAGGAUGAGGCCCCCACCACAGCCAAGGUGAAACGCAACAUCUCAGAGCGCAGAACCUACCGGAAGAUCAUUCCCAAGAGGAACCGCAACCAGCUGUGAAGCUGUUACCCCCUCAGACACUGACCACUGCUCCGGAGUGGACCUGAGAUGCCAGGACCCUGGUGAAGGAUAGAUACGGCAUCUCUGCUUCUGUGAUGAAGGAUGGGGCUGAUUUCCCUGUGUCUCCAUUCCCCGGCUCUUUAGAACUGCCUUAAUCUUGCCAUACUUGCUUCUGUCCCCAAUGGUGGUUCCUCCAUCAUCCUAACCGUGAUCACUCAAGAGCAAGGUUGAGUGAGAAAUUGGCUCCACUUGCGGAAUUUGUCCCACAUGCACUCUGUCCUCUGAAACAUGGGGCCUGGGUUUCUGGGAGGUCGCUUGAGGUUGUCUAGCCAGGUCUGUCCACUGGGAACAGUCUUACUUUUAGGUGACCUAGCAGGAGAUGGUCCCAGAAGCAUAGGGCAGGACCUCUUGGGAAUUCCUAAGCACCGUCUUGUAAGCAGGGUCACUCUGGCACUGCCCAGUAGAGGACAGCUUCUAACAAGAGUCCUUGGUAGGUUCAGUGCUCAGGGAUGCUGUGGGGCUCCAAGCUUCAGAUCUUCUGCCUGCUUUAUCCUACAACCAGCCAAUACCCUUCCCGGGGCAGGGGGUACAUGAAAAGGCUGCAUGCCUAAUUGUUGUUAAUCAACAGAGCAGAGCUUGUGGCCUGAGCCAGGGUCAGUAGGAGUGGGGGCCUCUAGAGUUCUAUGGAGAACCCUUGGAACAAGGAGCCUUUGUUUCCUGAGAGUAAUGAGUAAUGAGGGUAGCUUUUCUAGGGGGUGAUGAUGGUGACAGUUCUCCUUGGGAGUCUGCCUGGCAGUGGAGGUGGAGAUUGGAGACCUGGGUUCUCACUGCUUUCUGUAGUCACCCCCCCAUCCCACCUCCACCUUCAAUUCCCCUCAAAGCUGGUUGUCAGGACCUAUCUCUCAUUCCUGGGGCAGCUCCCAGGCUUUUGCUGCCCUGCCUGGGGAACUCCCCUUGCACUUCUUGUUGGCUUCUUCCCAGGUAUGCCUGUUCUCCGGGGGAGGUUCUGGAUACUCAGGGACUUAGGGCUGUGUCUGUGAGGAGGAGGCUGGCCUGAGGGAGCAGCCGCAUUGUCUCUGCUCAGCCAUAUGUGCAAAGAGGUUUCUGGCCCAAAUGCAAGCCUCUGCUGCUCACCCUUCAGCUGGCACCCUUCAGCUGGCAUGUUGCCUCUCCUGCCUUCCUGCUGGGCCACACAUCCUCCCUUCCAAUAAUGCUUGUAACGACUCUAAGGGCUUAGAGCACCACAAAGUGGAGCUGGUCCUUAGGGCCAGGGGACUCUCUGGACAGGGCCUGGGACUGGCCCUUGCACCCAAUGGGUGUGCAAUAAAUAGAACCUACCAAAGAAGUGUGUGUGUGUGUGUGUGUGUGUGUGUGUGUGUGUGUGUGUGUGUGUGUGUAAGGGGGAGUCAGUCAGGUAGCCAUGGCCACCUGCACUGUGUCAGGCUAUCUUCCGUUGCCCCCUUUGUGAUAGUAUGUUUGUGUAUGUGUCCUGUAUGUUCAUGUAUGUACCCCAACAUACAGUUACAAGCUAUUUAAGCUCAGAAACAUUUUUCAUCC